AAUUCGUUAAGUAAAAUUCGGGAGAAAAAUAUACUUUUUCAUUUUCGCUUAUUCCACGAAAAUUAUUUACUUUUAGGCAUAUGCUUUAACGAUAACAUUCUGAUUCGGCAUACCCAUUCCCCCGUACAGCCAGCACUUUGCACGCCAAUCGCAGCCACAAACCGCCGAGAUAUUUUAGAAACGGAGACGCCGUUUUCCGGGCGGUUAAUUACAGCGUGAUUAGGGUUAGUGGACAAUGGAGUCUUUACAACGGAGAGUAGAAUCAUGGAUCAGAGGCCAAAAAUCAAAGAUCCUAAAAAUCACGUGGCCACAGCAGUGGAAAAUGGUUGUGCGGUGGCCUUGGGCGGAUGCCAGAGAGCAGAGGAAACUGAUUCAGGAAGAGUACGAGAGAAGGAAGAAGCAACUUCAGGAACUCUGUCUUGCUGUUAAGGCUGAAUCUGUUGCUGAUUUGCAGGAUAUCCUUUGUUGCAUGGUGCUCUCUGAAUGUGUAUAUAAGAGACCUGCAGCUGAAAUGGUGCGGGCAGUGAAUAAAUUUAAGGCUGACUUUGGAGGAGAAGUUGUUUCCUUAGAGCGCGUUCAACCUUCUUCAGAUCAUGUUCCACAUAGGUAUCUUUUGGCGGAAGCAGGAGAUACAUUAUUUGCUUCCUUUAUUGGGACCAAGCAAUAUAAGGAUGUCAUGGCUGAUGUGAAUAUAUUUCAAGGUGCCUUAUUCCAUGAGGAUGCUGUUGAAGAUAUUCAUGGACUUGAAUCUAUGGAGUCUGGUCAGGUGGACACUCAAAGGAGCAACAUAGAGAAUCACUCUAAACUUUUGGAAUCUAAAACUAAGCCAACGAAUCUGACUCCAAAACCUGCUGCACAUAGGGGUUUCAUGGCACGUGCUAAAGGCAUACCCGCUCUGGAGCUGUACAGGCUUGCCCAGAAAAAGAAACGCAAACUAGUAUUAUGUGGCCAUUCACUUGGUGGAGCAGUAGCCGUCUUAGCAACUCUUGCGAUUCUGAGAGUUUUUGCUGCUUCAUCGAAAGAGAAUGAAAAAGUUCAGGUGAAGUGUAUCACUUUUUCCCAACCACCAGUCGGAAAUGCUGCAUUGAGAGAAUAUGUGAAUGGAAAAGGUUGGCAGCAUUAUUUCAAAACCUACUGCAUUCCAGAAGAUUUGGUGCCACGCAUCUUAUCUCCUGCUUAUUUUCAUCAUUAUAAUGCACGGUCUCUGCCAAUACCUUCUGAUGGUGGAGCUUCAGUAUCCACGUCAAAAUCUAGUGAAUUAUCGCUACUGAAGCAGAAAACUGAAAAAGCAAAAGAUAAUGAAGGAGAGCUGCUGGUGCUGGGUGUAGGUCCAGUGCAGAAUUCCUUUUGGAGGCUUUCGAGGCUUGUGCCUUUAGAGGGUGUUAGAAAGCAGUUGUAUAGAUACAGAGGAAAGAAAGUUGAACCUCUUGAGACAUCUACUACGGAUUCUGUUUCAAUGCCAUCAGUCAAUGAUAUAACUAAUACUCCUCAGUCUCUUGAAAUUCAAGAAGGUUCUGAUGGCAUUUCUCUCCGACCAUUACCUUCGGAUGAAGACAUUACUGGUGAAGAUAAAAUGGGUAAAUCUGUAGCAGAAAGUAAUACCAAUAACGGGGACAAGAAGGGGUGGCGCCGCAUGCCGUACUUACCCUCGUAUGUACCAUUUGGGCAGCUUUUUCUCCUGGGGAAUUCAUCUGUGGAGUUUCUCUCUGGUGCAGAAUACUCAAAAUUGACAUCGGUCAGAUCUGUACUUGCUGAAGUAAGGGAAAGGUUUCAAUCGCAUUCGAUGAAGUCAUACAGAUCCCGGUUUCAAAGAAUCUAUGAACUUUGCAUGAGCGAUGACACAAUACCUUUCUUGGGGAUUGAACAAAUGCAGCAAUUCCCACAGUUACAGAAAUGGUUAGGCAUUUCCGUUGGUGGGACUGUUGAUCUAGGGCACAUUGUGGAGUCCCCUGUCAUCCGUACUGCCACUUCACUUGUUCCACUCGGAUGGAGUGGUAUUCCUUGUGGGAAGAAUACAGAUCCUUUGAAAGUUGACAUAUCUGGUUUUGGGUUACAUCUGUGUACACUUGUUGAAGCUCGAGUAAAUGGGCGCUGGUGUUCAACCUCCGUGGAGUCUUUUCCUUCACCCCCAGCUCACUCACCAGAUCAUGGAGAACAACCAGAGGUUCAAAAUAUGCGAGUACUAGUUGGAGCUCCAUUGAGACGACCCCCUAAGCACCACAUGGUGGAGGAUAUACCUAUGUUUUCUUCGAUUGAUUCAUCCUACGUUGAUACGAAAUUGAAGCAAAACGUGUCCAAGGUAGAAGAGGGGAAUUUCAUACUCCCAGAUGGUUUAGAUGAUUUCGUCAUAUACUGUACAACUGAUUUUUCUACCGUCUGGAAAGAGGUUAAUCUGAGAACCCGUAGGGUUAGGUUAAUUGGUCUUGAGGGAUCCGGUAAAACCUCUCUUUUAAAGGCAAUUCUGGAUCGAGGCCGAAGUGUUUGCACUGAGAGUACUGAAAAUCUACAUGCAGACAAUGAUGUUCAAGAGGGAAUUGCCUGUGGCUUGUGCUAUUCUGAUUCAGCUGGAGUUAAUCUGCAGAAUCUGAACAUGGAGGCAACACAUUUUAGGGAUGAACUGUGGAAAGGAAUUCGCGAUCUCAGUAAGAAAACCGAUUUGGUUAUACUUGUGCAUAAUCUAUCUCAUAGAAUUCCUCGCUACAACGACUCAAAUGCUUCACAACCACAACCUGCCAUAUCCCUUCUCCUAAAUGAGGCAAAAUCUCUUGGAAUACCUUGGGUACUUGCCAUAACAAACAAGUUUUCUGUCAGUGCACACCAGCAAAAGGCAGCUAUUAAUGCUGCUCUGAAGGCAUAUCAAGCAUCUCCUAGCACAACUGAGGUUAUCAACUCAUGUCCUUAUGUUAUGCCCAGUGCCGCAGGUGCUCCUCAAUCUUGGUAUACAGAAGGGAAAGAUCGCGAGGGAAUGAAUGGUGCCCAAAAGUNAGAGUUUGCCAGAGAUAGGCUUUUUGUGGAAUUGGCUCGAGAGAGAGCAGUUGCUGCAGGUGCAAUUCAAGAUUCUCAGGCAAAGGCUAAUUCUCUGAAUGCUGCCGCUGUUGGUGCCUCACUUGGUGCUGGUUUGGGCCUUGUAUUGGCUGUUGUCAUGGGUGCAGCGUCUGCUUUGAGGAAGCCAUAAAUUCUUUACCUUAGUCGGUGUUGUAUAUACAGGCAUUUUUUCAAUUUUAUGACUGUACAAAAUAUAUAUAUCACACGUUGGUUUAAGUAGAUUCUUUGUGUAUAUUUCUUGGGCCUCUCUAUGGUUGUCUGUCAGCAGAGAAUGAAGAUUUAAAUUUGGAUUAGUGAGACGAUAUCCUUGUAAUUUUGUGGGACUCUGGUUUGCUAGAACUCCGAUAGCCAGUUAUGUACUUAUUUGAUUGUCCAUCAGCGUAAGAAGCCAGAUGCAUUAGCCUCGA